AUGCUGAUUGGUUCGAACAACGCUGGUCUGAUUGUACCUCUGAAGACGGUGCAAUACUCACUGAACGGUUUGCAGUUGACUCGGUGCCAUCUGGGUUGGACGAUUCACGGAGUAAUUGAACCGAACGCUGCUGGAUCAAACGAUCAUCAUGCUUUCCUGAUGUGUUCUGAAGACGAUGACACCGAGCUAACGGAUCUGAUGAAGCAGAUGUACAAGGUGGAAGACUUUGGCAUCACUGGUCAGUCCCCGAAGAUACCAGACGAAGAUCAACGUGCACUGGAUAUAAUGAACCGUACAAUCACGCGACAACAGAUCUACAAGUACAAUAACUUCGCUUUUCCGGAUAGCAAGCCACAUGCACUGCGUCGACUUCAGAUCACCGAGAAGAAGAUGGAUACCGAUCCUGAUUUCGCUGAUAACUACUGUAGUAAGAUCCAGGACUACGUGGAGAAGGGAUAUGCUCGAAAACUGGAGCCUGAAAUCGUGGUAACUGCCGAUAAGUUCCGAUUGGUUAUGGACGCCAAGGCCAAAUCUCACGGAUUUUCGUUGAACGAUCUGCAACUGAAAGGUCCUGAUUUCGUUCCCGCAUUGAUUGCGAUCCUGAUGCGCGCUAGGAAGAAGAAGAUUGCUUUUCAUCAUCAAGUCAUCAUACCCCCCCCUCCCAGCGUAUACAUUAUGAUGGUGAUGAUAUUUGGCGCUGUGUCUUCUCCUUCGAUGGCACAAUUCAUCAAAAACUUCAAUGCAAUGGAACUGGAAGAAAAGUACCCUGGCAUUGCACGAGCUGUGCUGGAACAACACUACGUCGAUGACUAUUUUGAUUGCGCGCACACGGAGGAACAAGCCAUUGAACUGGUGCAGCGAGUGGUGAAGGCACACGAUCACGGAGGAUUCAAACUGGUGAAAUUUGCAUCGAACUCUGAAACUCUUCUGGAUUCGCUUGACCCUUCUUUGGUAGUCGAGAAGAAAGGAAGUGACACUCGUGUACUCGGUAUCAGGUGGGAUCUUCUUUCAGAUGAAUUUGUGUUCCCGCUGGAUUUUCCAAAACUGGAUGAGAACUUCCGUACUGGUGGCACGGUGCCUACCAAACGGCAGCUGCUGAAGUUUAUGAUGAGCAUCUUCGAUCCAUUGUGUUUGCUCAGUCCGAUUACGAUACACCUGAAGAUUAUGUUCCAAGAACUGUGGCGGUUGCAAUCCGGAUGGUUCGACGAAAUUCCUGAUAGCCUGGUCCCGAAAUGGAUGGAGUGGUUGAGCGAAACUGCUAAGCGUGUUGCGAGGUGUUACUUCCCGGAGGUAUCGUCCUUUGUCGGUGCUGAGCUGCAUGCUUUCUGUGACGCAAGCGAUAAGGCUUUUGCAUGUGUGAUUUACAUGGUUCAUCGUCGAAACGGUAAGUCACACGUUGCAUUGGUGUAUGCCAAGGCAAGAGUUGCUCCACUGAAAUCAUCGACGGUACCACGACUUGAACUUCAAGGGUGUGUUCUUGCAAGUCAAAUGAUGAAGGUAGUUCAAGACGAACUAAAAAUAGAAGUGAAUAUGCAGUACUUCUGGACCGAUUCUAAAAUCUGCUUGAGUUGGUUGAAGACGAGUCAGAAGCUCACGGCGUAUGUUGGUUCUCGUGUCAUAAAAAUUAAGGAGAAUGGUCAUGGAGUUGAUCUGUGGCAUUGGGUUCCAUCACAGCUGAACGUAGCUGAUUUGGCUACGAAGUCCUCCAAGUUUGGUUGUAUGCAGGAAUGGUUGAAAGGUGCUGACUUUCUGUAUCGGGAUAGGCCGAACAAUGAACCGCUAGAGAUGUCCUCGUCUGAGUUGAUAAAUUUCCAUACCGAAGUGAUUGCUGAUGUUUCCGUGGAUCCGAUGUGUUGUACCGUGGUUGAAGUUGAGUUGGUUGACCUUCCCGAUAUUGAGAGGUUCUCUGAUUUCAAUCGCUUGAUUAGAUCUACUGCGUACUACCUGAAAAUGCGAAAGAUUUUAGCACUGCCAAAGUGUAAAAAGCCUAGAUGUUUGACAAUCUUCGUGAACGACAUGGAUGAAGCUAAGAGUGCCUGGUACAGGAAGGUACAGUCGCAAAUUUUCUGUGAAGAUUUGCGCAGUCUGAAGCAGACCGGAUUCGUGAAAAGCAAUAGUCGUUUGAAAACAUAUUCGCCGUUUCUGGAAAACGGAAUCAUCCGUAUGCGAGGUCGUGUGCAGGAUGAUGGAAAGUCGUUUGAAGUGAACAAUCCUGUGAUUCUUCCUGACAACCACCAGUUUUCAACUCUACUGAUUCGUAUGUACCAUAUCGCCAACGCACAUCAAGGCAUGGAGACCGUUGUUAACAAUAUCAAGGAACGGCACCGUAUCCUGAAGAUUCGCUCACAGGUAAAGAAGAACACGAUGUCCUGUGUCAAGUGUCCCUCGUUCCGUCCGGAGUUGAUCAGAAGCCGCAAGUGGCCGGACAGCAGGAAUUACCACGAUUAUCACGUCGGUGAUCUAGUGAUGAUAGUGCACGAAUCGCUACACCGAGGAAGCUGGCCGAAAGGAGUUGUAGAGAAGAUCUACCAAGGACCGGAUGGAAAGGUGAGAAAACACCCGGCCGUCAACGACCAGGACGAUUCUUACACCUUCUAA